AUGGCGCCCGGCGGAAAGCUGUGAAUGGAAUUUUACCUGUUUUGGACAACAGGAUUGAUUCAGCUGCCAGCCAUUGUGUGUCCUGAGGCAGGACAGCAACAAAACAAGGCUCUGCAGUUGCUGAUAGGGUAAUUCCCCAGGCUGGCAGGUGGCAACAGUGCUGUGCCUGGAUGUGGGCUUUACAAUGAGCAAUUCUUCCCCUGGUGAAGAGUCCUCACUUGAACAAGCCAAGAAGGUUAUGACAAAGUUUGUGCAACGACAGGUUUUUGCUGAGAGUAAAGAUGAGGUCGCUGUAGUUUUGUUUGGCACUCAUGGUACUAGGAAUGGUCUUGCCAGUGGGGACCAAUACCAAAACAUUACUGUACAUAGGUCACUAAUGCUGCCAGAUUUUGAUCUGCUGGAAGACAUUCAAGAUGUGAUUAAACCAGGCUCUGAACAAGCAGACUUUCUGGAUGCAAUUAUUGUGUGUAUGGACUUGCUUCAGAAGGAAACAAUAGGAAAGAAAUAUGAGAAGAGACACAUUGAACUGUUUACAGACCUUAAUAGUCCUGUCAGUGAGGAUCAGCUGGAAAUUAUCAUAGCUAACUUGAAGAAAACAGGAAUUUCACUUCAGUUCUUUCUGCCAUUUCAAGUGGGUAUUGAUGAUGGAAGUGGAGAUACAACUGCCAGUGUACAUUCUCAUAUGCACAGAAACUCAUUUCCAAUAAAGAGUUUAACUGAACAACAGAAACGGGGUAUUGAUGUGGUGAGGAAACUCAUGCAUACUUUGGAUGAAGAAGGAGGGCUGGAAGAAAUUUAUACUUUCAGAGAGAGUCUGGAACGUCUUUCAAUGUUUAAGAAAAUUGAAAGAAGGCCUAUGCCUUGGCCUUGCCAGCUCACUAUUGGUUCUAAUCUGUCCAUAAGGAUUGUGGCCUACAAAGCAGUCACAGAAGAGAAGGUGAAAAAAAUUUGGACAGUUGUGGAUGCUAAAACCCUUAGAAGAGAUGAUGUGCAGAAAGAAACUGUUUACUGCUUGAAUGAUGAUGAUGAGACAGAGGUUCCGAAAGAUGAUACUAUUCAAGGUUUUCGGUAUGGGAGCGAUAUAGUUCCUUUUUCCAAGGAAGAUGAAGAGCAAAUGAAAUACAAAACAGAAGGAAAAUGUUUUUCUGUUUUGGGAUUCACUAGAUCGUCUCAGAUCCAGAGGCAUUACUACAUGGGCAACCAGGUUCUGAAGGUCUUUGCAGCAAAAGGUGAUGAGAAUGCAGCAGUUGCUUUUUCUGCCCUUGUUCGUGCACUGGAUGAGUUGAAAGUGGUAGCUAUCGUGCGCUAUGCUUAUGAUAGAAGGAGCAACCCACAGAUUGGAGUAGCUUUUCCGUAUAUUAAGGAAGCAUAUGAGUGUCUCAUCUAUGUGCAACUACCCUACAUGGAAGACCUAAGACAGUACAUAUUUUCAUCCUUGAAAAACAAUAAAAAAUGCAUUCCUACAGUGGAUCAGUUGUCUGCUGUUGACUCAUUGAUUGAUUCUAUGAAUUUGGUUUAUGAAGAUGGAGAAACUUUUGAGGACCUGUUUAAGCCCAGCAAAAUCCCAAACCCUCACUUUCAGAGGUUAUAUCAGUGUUUGCAGCAUAAGGCUUUUCACCCUGACAAGCCACUGCCGCCAAUAGAGCAGCACCUUUUAGAGAUGCUGGAGAUGCCCUCUGUGGUAAAAGAAAGGUGUCAGGCUCCUCUGGAAAGAGUAAAAGCACUUUUUCCCCUGAAGGAAGUUGGCAAGAAAAAAGAAGAGAAGACUGCUCAAGACAUCUUCAAAGACAACAGCGAAGAUGAACCCCGCCUUAAGAAGCCAAAAACUGAAGAUGAGGAAGAGGGCUUUAGCAUCCUAAAACUUGCUGAAGGCAAUAUUACCUCUGUAGGAAGUGUUAACCCAGCAGAAGAUUUCCGAAUUCUGGUGAGGAAGAAAAACGCUGACUUCAAAGAUGUGAGUCAGCAGUUGAUAAACCGCAUUGAUCAGUUCCUGGAAAAUAAAGGUUCACAGUACUACAUGAAAGGGAUCGAUUGUAUCAGAGUUUUCAGAGAGGAGGCCAUGAAGCUGUCCAAGGUGCAGUGCUUUAAUGACUUUCUGCGGGCCCUGAAAUCAAAGCUGGAAGAUAAAGCCUUAGCUGAUUUCUGGGAGAUCAUGAUACAAGACAGAAUUUCUUUGAUCAGUAAAGAUGAAGCACAGGAAAGUUCAGUGACCAGCGAAGAGGCUCAAAAGUUCUUGGCUCCGAAAGAAAGUAAAAAUGAAACUCUGCCUCCCACAGAUGAAGGUGGUGAUGUUGAUGAUUUGUUGGACAUGAUGUGACUGGGUAAUAUAUGGUGACUAUACAACCAAAGUUUUGGAAGAGAUCUCCCUGUGAGAUGGGGCACAAAAAAAGAAGCUAACGAGAAGACAGUACAUCCAUCUUUAUUUUCUCAAAUGAGAGCAGAAAUCCCAGAAACACUUCCAGCUGGUAUAAAUAUCAUCUGACUUUUCAAAACUAGAAAAGAAGACUGAAAUGAAGUGUUUGGGAAGUAAUAAUAGCUUUAAGGCAUCUUUUUUUUUUUUUUUUUUUUUUAAGAACACUGAAUCUAGCUUGUCCUUGGUAUUGCUUUCAGCUAAACACUACUAAAUUUAAUGAGAAUCUGCUCUGGUGCCUGAAAUUCUUGUUACAUUGCCUGGGAAGGAAGACAGAAAUGUCACAGUGAGGUUACCAGGUCAUACUGAAUCUUUAGUGGAGGUAACCCCUUAGCAUUAUGGUUACAGAAAGGAAAAAGCCACUAUUUUCAUGCUUUUAAAGAAACCCCAACCAACCCAAAACAAAAACAAACGAACAAAAAACAAACUGGGGGGGGGGAACAGGAGGAAAUUCUAGGCCAGGGACUCACAAAGUAAUAGUUUGAAAUGCACAACAGAAUCUAAAGCACACAGCAGAGCCACGUGUGCUGAUUUUGCCACACUGUACCCAAAUCAGUAAUUAUGGUCAUCUCUAUAUUACAGGUUCUCUAUUCUGUCAGCUCAACAGCAACUCUAAGUCUGUCCCUUUCUGUUAUACUUUUUCCUGUUUCAUGUGCUGGGAUUUUUGAUUUGUUUAGACUUCUAAGUAGUACAGUUACUGCAGAUACACCUGGUACUAACUGUGCACUGACACCUGUGACAGAUAACUGAUAAUAGUUAACACUGGGAACCAGGAGAGCAAUCCAAAGUGGUCAAAUACUGCUUAGAAAGAGAUACUCAAAUUUGAUUACAGAUGAGAGAGACAGUAAUGACACCUUCACACAGGCUGGUUUGUUACAACCAGAUUAAUUCCAUUAUGAUAAAUGUAUAAACAUAGUGUAAAAAACAGUAUUAAGAUCAUAAAAAAGAAAAAAAUCAUGAUCUGUAAUUCCAAAAUGUUGUGGAAUAUCUGCACUUCAUACUGACCAACAGCUCCCCUGUGGGAAACAGCAGUUGCUUUUUGCCCCUACUUCCCUUGACAGCAGCCUGCUCUCCCCUCUCUUGCAUCCUGUCCCAGGUGAGUUCAUUGAAAGGGUUUCUCAAAUGCAGAUGGCUGGGAGUUAGUGAUCUUUGCAGAUCUUUAUAGCAUUUUAUAUUUCUCAACUGUAAAUAAGAAAUAUUUGAUCAGUGUUUUGAUUGUCUUUUAAGGCCAAUUUAUGGAGUACAGCAUGGACUGGUUUGUUUGGGGUUUUUUUUACACUUCAUUUUUGUUUGUUUGUUUGUUUAAUAAAAAUAUUUUAAAAAUUG